UGGCCCAGCUGCAGAAGCUGGAUGAGGAGAUUGUCAGGAGAUUCUCCAUGCAGAUUUCCCAUCUCAGCAAGUGGAUCAGUGAGCUGGAGAGGACGUUGCAGAAGCUAGGGAGUGAAUUCCUGCAGGACGUCAGAAGCACCCUGAGUAGAUGUGAGAUGGGGCAAUUCCAGCUGCCAGAGGAGAUUUCCCCUGCACUGGAAGAACAAGUCAGAGGUUUCUCCCAGAAAACGAUUGCGCUGUCGGAGACAUUGAUGGAAUUCAAAGACACUCUGCCCUCUGCACUGGAGAGAGCCACAAGAAAAUCCCUGGGAGCUUUCAGACAGGGAUUUCUAGUCUCUGAAGCUCACGUGAUCUCCUGGGUGGAGUGAGAGGAGGAGUUGCAGGUCCCAGAUCCCCAGAGCUAUGAGAAAGGAGAGAUCAUCAGCAACACCCACACAGGUAAGCAAUCAGUUAAACUGACUCAGAAACCAGUUUACAGCAGGUGUUUUCAUGAAGUCUGUCUCACUCUUCAGCCUGUCUUCAACUCAAGCCAGAGUGUGGUGGGUGGGGAAAGACCAGGUUCUCUCCUCUGUGGAAGAGUUGUGAAGGAGGAUGAACUCAGUUCAUGAUAUUUUAAUCAUUAUUUGAGUGCGUAUUUCCUUUUCUAUUCCUCUUUCAGAGUUUUCAUUUAGCUCAUCAGAGACAAUAACUUCUGUCUGGAUUAUUUCUCUAUCCCAACAGG